AUGGCCCACAACAGUGCCCGCAGGCAAUCAAUACUCAUCAUCUUUGUGCUUGCCUUGGCAAGCUCAGCCUUGGACUUUGCGGCUUACCCCUUUACGCAUGGUUCGUCCGCUUUGCACGCCACCGAGCGGCUCCAGCAUGGAUUGAUCAGUCGAACCGGAUGGCGGCAAUGGGGAGGAGGGGAAAUGCUAGGAAAAGCAACGGCGCUUUCUGAGAGACUGGGCACCAAGGCGGCGCGAGAGGAGUGGAUUCAGGGCUUGAUUGAAGGCGGCACAGAUUGGCAAGAAGUAAAGCUAGGCUUAGCUAUGCUGUGGGAGAAGGCUGCCAAGGAAGGGCGAGAUGGAGGACCUCUUGGGUAUCCAAUGGCCUUGACUCGACUUCUGGAGGGCAUUUACGAUGAGCCAGAUGGUGAUGAAAUGCUUGUAGCUGAUAUAGAAGCUCGCUUGACCCAGGUGCCUCAAGGAGAUCCAAAAGAUACCGAGGUCUGGAAGCGAUCGGUCGCGUCCUGCUGCUUUGACGAGCUGGGUUUUCUGAGUCAAGGGCUGUAA